AUGGGGGCUCGCAUCGACUUGAACCAACAGCGGCUUGGAGUUGUUACGGACCAGUUUUUGCGGUAUCGAUACCCAGUCAAGGAUUUGCUGAACUGGAACACCCUAGAUGAUACAAACAAUGUCACUGAGCAGUCAUCAUCAGUAACAACCAAUGUCCUCACCAUCACUUUUGAUUCCAACAUUCUGACCGAUGGACGAUUUUCAGCCUGCAGCGGUGGUUGGGAUUGGGCACCCUUUUCCAGCUGCCCAAUGACCCAAGACACUCACUCCCAUCAAUUUUCCAAGGGCAUUACCAAAUCGGUAUACUUGACUCGGGUUUCUUCAGCUGCUAUUACAGCAAUUGUUCCUCAAGUCUACUACAUGGGCGACUAUCCAAUGGAAGCUCUUCGAGAUGGCCGUCAUGCGGGGUUUGAAGUUGAGGUGACGAUACACUUGUGGUCACCACCCGGGGAAAUGAAGGGAAGACUCAACAUAUACGGUUCUUGGGGUGCCAAUGAAACUCAAGUGGUGGAAUGGAUGGGCGGAGAUUUCAUUACCACGCUGUCCAUCACUGCCACUGCCAAGAAUAUCAAGCUGUGGUGGCCAAACGGAAUGGGAACAAAUCCGCGUGAAUCGGCCAAGCGCCCCAUGUAUGAGGUUCGAGUCGAGUUCGUUCCCGAUCCUAUGGAGGAAGGCGUCGAAGCUAUUAGCGUUCAAGAUUCCCGAAGAAUUGGCUUUCGAUACUUUGCAUUGGUCACUGGAAACGACACGGAUCCUGAAUAUGUUCACAAUGCAACUGGACACGAAGGAACCGAGUUUAAUGGUAUGUAUUAUCGUGUGAAUGGUGUUGCCAUGUGGAGUCGUGGUGCCAAUAUGAUCCCCAUGGAUGCGUUGGAGGGCCGCUUGAACGCUGAGGCCCAUGUGCAAGUGGUUCAAUCUGCUGCACUGGCAAAUAUGAACACCUUGAGGGUCUGGGGCGGAGGCAUGUUUCUUCCAUCAGCUUGGUACGAUGCCUGUGAUGACUAUGGGAUCAUGGUGAUUCAAGAUCAAAUGUACGCCCAAGGUGGUCAUGAUCCCAAGAAGACGGAGACACAAGAAAUGGAAAUUCGGCACAAUGUCCGAUUGCUUUCGCACCACCCGUCUAUUGUCAUUUGGGAUGGGUGCAACGAAUGCUUGGUCGAGAUGGAGAAACCGAGUAGUAUCUAUGCUACUUUUGUGAUGCGAGUUGUGGGAGAAGAAGAUGGGUCACGAUCGAUAUGGCCAAGUUGUCCGUCGAAUGGCUGGCAGUCGGGUGUUGACAAAUUGACGUCUCGGCCUAUUCCAGACAAGGAUUUGGUGACACCUAAAACAGCACCACGGCGUAUCGAAGUCCAUGGGCCAUACAUUCAUGGCGGUGGCUUUCCGGCGGUUAAUGGGAAUGAUGCUGGCGAUGAGCCUGCCGCGGCCAAGUUACCAAUAACAAUCGACCCGAAGCCAGAGGAAAUGGGCGUGGCAAAAACUUCAGUUUUUGCUUCCGAAUUCGGAACUGGAGGUGUCAUGUCGUCUUUUGAAUCCAUGUCCGCAACAUUGGCCCCAGAGCACUGGAGUCUCCAUGGCGGUGGUCCACCAGACAAGUGUUCCGAUGGCUUCAACCGAAAAUGUGAGGGGAACAAUGUCAUGGCACAACGCAACUAUCCCUGCGACAGCAUCAUCAAGACAUACUUCCAAACAGAAUCAGAUUACUUUGACAAGGUCGGCAAAAACGAGUUCCAGCGACAGUUGUAUCAUUGCAUGAUCGCACAAGCGCUUCACAUGAAGAGUAUUAUAGAAGAACGCCGCUCCAAGAAUGAAUUGGGUCACUUGGUGUGGCAGCUAAAUGAAAUUUGGCCUACAGGUGGAUGGGGAAGUCUGGAAUAUGGAAAUGGCGACAUGUCAGGGCAGGUAGUCGGUGGUCGCUGGAAGCCAUUGCACUACUUUUUUCGCCAAUCGGUUUUUGCUGAUAUCAUCGCUACAUGCGAUGGGAAAGGAGUAGGGUACAUUCGAAAUGAUGCAGCAGGUUUUGGCUUUCAUGGAGGCGUAGUCAUCCAUGUUGUCAGCUUGGAAACUGGUGUAGCUGGCGAUGCGCAGGUGUACCACAAGAACAUCACCUUGCCACAGGGUCCUGGCUCCUUGCAGGUUUUUGACUGCCCCAUUGUGGACGGAAGUACACAUUUCUUGUCGAUUGAUAUUCUAAUGUACGGGAGCGACUUGAUAGUUCACAAUACGCCCAUCCUUCUCAAGCCACCGAAAGAACUGACGAAUCAAAUAGCUUGCGAUAGCGGUUUGAACUGGAGUAUCCUGGCCACGGCUAUGAAUGUGGUGACUUUGGAAAUCACUGCAUCCGUUCCAGUGGCACUGCUGGUGAUGUUGACCACACAAGCUCCCGGUCGCUUUAGUGACAACGCUUUCACUUUGACGGGAGGAGGCAAAAGCAUACAGUUUCACCCCUUUGGCAACCAUCCUGUAGAUGUCGAAUUAUUAAAAGCAACUCUUCGAAUUGAAGAUAUGGCGAUGUAUCAAUAUGGGCAGUGUCAAUAA